UCAGAGGAGGUAGGGAGGCGAGAAGUGGGCAAGUUUUGUUAAGUAAGGAGGCAGGCGUGGUGGGGUACUGCAAGACAAAUCUUAAGCCCCCAGACUGCAAGCAUGGACUCAGUGUUGCUAGAGCACUUCCCGGGGGGGCUGGACGCCUUCCCUUCUCCCUACUUCGAUGAAGAGGAUUUCUUUACAGACCAGUCCUCGCGGGACCCUCUGGAGGAUGGCGACGAGUUACUGCCCGACGAGCAGGCGGAGGUGGACUUUCUCAGCCACCAGCUGCAUGAGUACUACUACCGCGAUGGGGCACGACUGCUCCUGCCUCCAGUCCAGUCUGCCCUGCACCCUCCAGCGGCGCCGCCGGGAGUCUCCGAGGAGGAAAACGACGGAAGCGGCUUCUGCAGCGAGACCAGGGCGCCCCCAGGUGGUGGCGGUGGCUUCCCGGACUCCCCCGGUUCGGUGUCUCCUGAGCUCUGCCUAGCCUAUCCGUGCUCCGGGAACGCCUCCGUGCUGUCCCCCGGGGGGCGGCUACGGGGACUGAGCAGCGCGGCCGCGGCGGCGGCCGCGGCGGCAGCGGCGCGGAGGCGGAGACGAGUGCGCUCCGAAGCGGAGCUGCAGCAGUUGCGGCAGGCGGCCAACGUGCGGGAGCGACGGCGGAUGCAAUCCAUCAACGACGCUUUCGAGGGGCUGCGCUCACACAUCCCCACGUUGCCCUACGAGAAGCGGCUUUCCAAGGUGGACACGCUGCGCCUCGCCAUCGGCUACAUCAACUUCCUGAGCGAGCUCGUCCAGUCUGACCUGCCCCUUCGAGGAGGAGGCGGCGGAGGCUGCGUCAGAGCCGGAGCUGGCGGAGUCCUGGGAGGGGACGGUCUCGGGAGCCAGGCCAAGAAGGUCAUCAUCUGCCACCGGGGCACCCGAUCCCCAUCUCCCAGCGACCCAGAUUAUGGACUUCCGCCCCUGGCAGGGCACUCUCUCUCAUGGACAGAUGAAAAGCAACUCAAAGAGCAAAAUAUUAUCCGAACAGCAAAAGUGUGGACUCCAGAAGACCCCAGGAAACUAAACAACAAAUCCUCCCUCAACAACAUAGAGAACGAACCGCCCUUUGAUUUUGUGUCCUAAGGACACUAGCCUCCCACUGAUGGUGCCUCUGGGCACACUGCAGGUGUAAAUAUUUCUAUUGUAAAUUUAAUUUAAGAAUCACAUUCCCUAAUGGCAAUCAACAGUUUGUUAUUUAUCUAUUUAUUACUCAGAACAGCUAAUGAAGUAGAAUAUCUUUUUUAAUGUGUAAUUUAUAUAAUUUAUCCUGAUCUUUAAAAAUAUGCAAUAGCAUAAGAUCUUAACAGCACCUUUGCCAGAAAGCUACAAGACUGAAAGAACUCUUACCAGAACAAAAGAUAAUUUAUUCCCAGA